CGCGGAGCGGGCCGCGGUGCUCGGCAGCAGCAGGGAGAGAAGGCAGUCAGCGUGGAGAUGGCGGUCGAUAAGGAUGUGCUGGAGCUGGACCUGUACGGCCUGCUGGGGGUCGGGGAGAAGGCGUCGGAAAAGGAGGUUAAAAAAGCAUACCGACAGAAGGCCUUGACUUGUCACCCAGAUAAGAACCUGGACAAUCCCAAAGCAGCGGAAGUCUUCCACCAACUAUCUCAGGCCUUAGCAGUGCUAACAGAUGCAGCAGCAAGGGCAGCAUAUGACAAAGUGAGAAAAGCCAAGAAGCAAGCAGCAGAAAGGACACAAAAGCUUGAUGAGAGACGAAAGAAAGUAAAGCUUGAUCUUGAAGCCAGAGAACGGGAAGCCCAGACCCAUGAGAGUGAAGAGGAGGAGAUCCGGAUGACAAGAACACUAGAACAAGAAAUAAUACGCCUGCGUGAAGAAGGCUCCCGUCAGCUUGAGGAGCAGCAGAGGCUCAUUCGAGAACAGAUCCGACUUGAGAGAGAGCAGUGCAUUCAAGGCAAACAUGAAGGCAAUAGAGCAGAAGGCAAAGUAACCCCCAAACUCAAACUAAAAUGGAAAUGCAGGAAAGAAGAUGAGACAAAAGGGGGAUACUCAAAAGAUGUUCUGCUACAGAUCCUACAAAAGUAUGGCGAUGUGCUCAAUUUGUUGAUCUCAAGUAGGAAGACAGGGAGCGCGGUUGUAGAAUUUGCUACGGUUAAGGCUGCUGAAAUGGCUGUGAAGAAUGAAGUUGGCCUGAUAAAUAAUCCUCUAAAGAUUUCCUGGCUGGAGGGCCAGCCCCAGAAUAAUCUGAGCAGCGUCUCUUCUGACAGCACUAGUCAGCCGAGGACUUCACAGAGAUCAGUGGUCUCAGAGCGAGACUAUGAGAGCUUGGUGAUGAUGCGGAUGCGCCAAGCGGCAGAAAGACAGCAGCUGAUUGAACAGCUCAAGCGGGAAGAUGAGGAAGAGUCUCACACUUAGGAUAAGAGAGUACGGAUUUCCCCCACCCCAUCAUUCUUCAUUUAAAAAGCUAUUUUCUUAAAUUAAGUCAAUAAACCUGCUUUUUAAAAACUG